GAUUCCCACCCACAGUUUCAGGAGAACUUCACUCAUUCAUUUAUCUCUUCAAGCACAGCAACAUCGACAGCAGGCAUUCACCUUCAUAAACUAGCAGAAACAUCCAUCAGGAUCAGACGAUGAGGAGCGGAGCGGGGCUUUGCGUGCUCGGCCUGCUGUGCCUCCACAGCUCAGUCUAUGGCCAGGUAUUGGAGGUGCAGCCUGGCGUUCUGAUCUUCUGUGACGACCCGUCUGUGGACAGAGCCGUCAGCAGCGCCGUGAACAAGUUCAACGAGAGGCUGAGCACCGGACACAACCUGGCCCUGUUUCAGAUACUGUCAGCCAGCAAGUCAGAGAAUGGCUCGGACUCAGUGUACUCACUGCAGUUCACCACCAGGAGGAGCGACUGUCUAGCUGGCAGCAACAAACCCUGGACUGUCUGCGAAUAUCUGCCCAACGGAAGGGAGAAACCAAUUUCAUGCAAUGCCACUGUCUACAUGACAGAGACAGAGGCAGACACUCGACAGGUGGAUUGCCUGCUUGAUGAUUACAUCGUCCCAGAGAAAUCUAUCUGUUUGGGAUGCCCGACAGAGAUUGAUGAGAACUCAGAGGAUCUCAGGGUUCCUCUCUCUGUCUCCAUCUCCAAGUAUAACUCCAUAUCCGACUCGACUCACCUGUUCACCCUGAACUCUGUGGGCCCCUCCACCAGACAGGUCGUCGCAGGAUUCAGGUUCAAGCUGAGUUUUGAUAUGAGGAGGACCACCUGUCCCAAGAGUGAACACAAAGACCUCAACGAGCUGUGUGUCCCUGAUAGUGAGAAUGUGGAGCUUGCCAACUGUAACUCUACAGUGGAUGUAGCACCAUGGAGGUUUGAGGUCCCACAGGCAUUUAUACAGUGUGAACAAGGGGCGCUGCCCACGAUGUUUACCAGGCGUCGUCCCCCGGGCUGGUCUCCUCUCAGGAACAUCCUGUUAGAAGUCCCCUCCAUCACCUCGCCUCCAACCACAACCAGCCCACCCCCCACCGGCAAGGCUUCGGCCACAGAAGAGUCUUCUGAGGAGGACACCACUGCACCCAAAAAACCCUCCUCCCCGGACAUGGAUGCAGAAGCUGGGAACGACAGCCCCUUCCACUGCCCGUCCAACCCCUGGAAACCUUUCAACCCCAUCCCCCCUGCAGCACCCACACAUGGCCUGGCAGAGGAGGCCAGCCCCCAGCCCCCAGCAGAGGGGGGCUUCAGUGAUUCAGACCUGCAGGGAUAAAUUCAUCCUCAAGGGAAACACAUUUGUAUUCAAAAUGAUCUCACUUUUUACUCCCUCCAAACACAGCUUUUUGUUUAUUUAGACUAGUGCUUUAUUUUCUGGGAUGCAGCACAUUUUUCUUGAAAGAAACACCUUUGAUUCAUUUCAAAUUUAAGAUGCAAAAGGUUGAUAAAAGAACCAGUGCAGGUGAAAGCAACUUGUUUUGGGGACCUGUUGCUUCUUUGAAAGCACUGGAGAAAAUGACUGAAGUGAUGAAAGAGCUCUGAACUGUUAAAGAUAAUCAGUGUCAGUUUCCUUUGAUUAAAUCAAAGUGUCGGGUUUAUUAGAGAUGUGAGAAAAUUGCAUGUGUCUUUUCUUCAAAGGGAAAGAUCCGCACGAAAAUAAGACGUUGUUCUUUGUGCUGUGGUUAAAUGUGAAUAUAAAUGCAGCUAAUCGAUGAUGUGUUUCUUUCUGUAAGAUUCUCCUGUACUCACGGACUUACACGGUAUCCCUUUGACUUCCUAUUAUCAUUUCAUCAGCCUAAAUUAUCUCACUGGUCUUUUAACAUUGUCAACAUCUGGAUGAAGUCCUUUGGAUACCCGGAAAUCUUCUUUUCAAGCCCUGGAAAUGAAUACAAUAAUUAAAGUCAUUACAUUUG